AUGAAUUGUAGUAAUAAACCUACAAAAAAAAUUACAAAACCAACGAAACAAUGAAUGAAUGCAAAGACUUUGAGGAAACUUGAACAUUACCAAAGUGCAAGUGGCAAGCAGCAAAGCAAAGCUAAGAGAUACAAAAACAAGAAAGAAAAGAAAAGUGCAGAUGGGAUGAUAAAAAGUUCAUAUGCUUUUUCCGAUGUUGUCCCUUCCACCACCCAAGAACUCCAGUAGUAAGUGGCCUUGAAUACUGGAGGGUGCAUUAAUUCCAUUUCUGGCAGCCAGACAUGAGUUACACAAAUUCUUCAAUGGGUUCUGGAAGUAGAGGAGCAAGGAGAACAUUUGACUUUGGGAGGACAUAUGUGGUUAGGCCUAAAGGCAAGCACCAGGCUACAAUUGUUUGGCUGCAUGGCCUGGGUGAUAAUGGCUCCAGUUGGUCGCAGCUCCUGGAAAGCCUUCCACUGCCAAAUAUUAAGUGGAUAUGUCCAACUGCUCCCACUCGUCCUGUGGCUAUACUUGGCGGAUUUCCUUGUACUGCUUGGUUUGAUGUUGGAGAGCUUUCAGAAGAUGGUCCUGAUGAUUUGGAAGGCUUGGAUGCUUCAGCAGCACAUAUUGCAAAUCUUCUAUCUACAGAGCCUGCUGAUGUUAAACUUGGAAUUGGAGGCUUCAGCAUGGGCGCUGCCACUGCUCUCUAUUCAGCAACUUGCUUUGCCCAUGGAAAAUAUGGAAAUGGAAACCCUUACCCUGUCUACUUGAGAGCUAUUGUUGGUCUAAGUGGAUGGCUUCCUGGUUCUAGGAACAUGAGGAACAAGAUUGAAGGAUCACAUGAGGCUGCAAGACGUGCUGCAUCCUUGCCCAUCAUGCUAUGUCAUGGAAUGUGUGAUGAAGUUGUCCCUUAUAAACAUGGAGAAAAGUCCUCCCAAAUCCUGAGCUCAGCCGGAUUUCGAUGCCUUACAUUCAAAAGCUAUGACGGGCUUGGCCACUACACUGUGCCAAAGGAAAUGGACGAGGUUUGCCACUGGUUAAACGCAAGACUGGGGUUAGAGGGUUCACGAUAAUAACUGCUCGCCAGCCAUCUUAUUUCUUGAUCACCGUUGCCAAGGGAAAUGGGGCGAAUCAAUAACAAAGGAAGAGCUUACACUUGCAGAUGCGGGAAAUAGUAGGUAGACAUAUAAGGGCGUUGCAGAGUGGAAAGUUUAAAUCCUAGGAAUUAAUCAUGCUUUUGGUUUCUUUUUUUUUUUCUUGUGAAAUAAAGUUUUGGGGACUUGUUUCGUUUCAUUUCACUGCUAGCUAAGUUUUAAGUAUGCUCUCAUUACAGUAUGUUGUAAUCUACCUGAACGACUUUUAAGCAGAUCUUGAACCUACAUCCUUUCUAACAAA